GCUGCUGCUGGGGCUGCUGCUUCCCCCCGCCGCCCCGUUCUGGCUCUUCAAUGUGCUCUUCCCCCCGCACACCACGCCCAAGGCUGAGCUCAGUAACCACACACGGCCCGUCAUCCUCGGUAAGCCCCCACCAGGCCCCUGAUACACCAGGGCAGACCUUGGGGAACCUGGGCCCCAGCCCCUGGUAGCAGAGCCUGCUGAGGCCCUUCUGCCCUUGCAUUAGCCCUGAUCACUGCCUCAGCAUCUGGAGGGGCCAAAGGCUUGUCCUGCAGAGAAAUCAACCCCUUCUCGCACCACACUGUUCUCGUGUCUCGGAGUUGUCUCCCCGAGUGCCUGGCUGCCUGGGGAAUCAGCUGGAAGCCAAGCUGGAUAAACCAAAUGUGGUGAACUGGAUGUGCUACCGCAAGACAGACGACUUUUUCACCAUCUGGCUGGAUCUCAAUAUGUUCCUACCCGUUGGGGUAGACUGCUGGAUCGAUAACACCAGGGUUGUCUACAACCGCAGCUCUGGGCGAGUAUCCAAUGCCCCCGGUGUACAGAUCCGUGUUCCCGGCUUUGGCAAGACCUACUCUGUUGAGUAUCUGGACAACAGCAAGUUGGCAGGUUACAUGCACACACUGGUUCAGAACCUGGUCAACAAUGGGUAUGUGCGGGAUGAGACGGUGCGGGCCGCCCCCUACGACUGGCGGCUGGAGCCCAGCCAGCAGGAGGAGUACUACCUGAAGCUUGCUGGGCUAGUGGAGGAAAUGCACGCUACCUACAGAAGGCCUGUCUUCCUCAUUGGGCACAGCCUCGGCUGCCUGCACUUGCUCUAUUUCUUACUGCGCCAGCCCCAGGCCUGGAAGGACCGCUUCAUCGAUGGUUUCAUCUCUCUUGGGGCUCCCUGGGGUGGCUCCAUCAAGCCCAUGAUAAUCUUGGCCUCAGGUGACAACCAGGGCAUCCCAAUCAUGUCCAGCAUCAAGCUGAAAGAGGAGCAGCGCAUGACAACAGCAUCCCCCUGGAUGUUUCCCUCCAGCCAGGCAUGGCCCGAGGACCACGUGUUCAUUUCCACCCCCACCUUCAACUACACAAGCCGUGACUUGCAGCGCUUCUUUACAGACCUGCACUUUGAGGAAGGCUGGUACAUGUGGUUACAGUCACGUGACCUGCUGGCAGGGCUCCCAGCACCUGGAGUGGAAGUAUACUGUCUGUAUGGCGUGGGCCUGCCCACACCCAGCACCUACAUCUUUGACCAUGGCUUCCCCUACACGGACCCUGUGGGUGUGCUCUAUGAGGACGGGGAUGACACUGUGGCCACGCGCAGCACCGAGCUCUGUGCCCAGUGGCAGGGCCUCCAACAGCAGCCUGUGCACCUGCUGCCUCUGCCUGGGGUACAGCACCUCAAUAUGGUCUUCAGCAACCAGACACUGGAGCACAUCAAUGCCAUCCUGCUGGGUACCUACCGAAAUAGCACCGCCGUACCCCCAACUGCCAGCCCAAGGCCCAUGCCCCCUGAAUAAAGACCUUCCUUUGCUGCUAUAACCCCUGACGUGUGUUAUGGGUUCAGGGAAAGACACUAGGGUCCUCACACCAGCACUCAUUCAUCUGCAGACCUGGUGCUUUGUGGAGCACAGGGCAAGAACAGCUUUGCUAGAGCCUGGGAUUGAAUUGGGCACCUUGAGAUAUACAGCUUCCCACUCUUCUGGUUGAGCUAUUUAAGCAGCCUCUCUGUGCCUGCCUUUGCUCUGGGCAUGGGGACUGGAGGGAGCUGCACACACAGCUGUAGAAUGGGGGUACGUGGAGCCUAGGGUACAGGAUGGAGAAGAUCUGAGCUGCCCCUCCUAGCUCCCAAAAGGGCAGGUGAGACCCCACCUCUAGACAGACUUUUGAGUGCUAGGUGGGUGACAGAAGCACAAGAGUUUAGCAUCUAGGAGAGUGACAGCCACUAAAUAGGUCAUUUCAAUAUUGAAGAUUUAAUUAAUGGAGCUAAGUGAUCUGAGAGAAAAGUUUAGGGAGGAACAAGGUGGUGAUUCUUAUGGGUCAGGGAAGGCUUCCCAGAGGAGGUGGUGCCUGUGCUGAGAUCAGAUGGAAUGAGAAGGGUAACUGUAAAGACUGGUUUCAACCUAAGAGCAGCAUGCAGCUGAUACAGGGUUUAACCAGGGAAAGAGUGUGACCAGAUCUCCAGUCUAGAAAAGAGCCCCCUCUCUGCAGGGCAGAGUGUAGCCUGGGGGUGGGGGGUGAGGGGCAGGAAGUGUGGGGAAACCAGAGAGGCCAGUGCAGUGUCCAGGGGAGAGGAUGCUAGCUGAAACAAGCAGUAAGUAGGAGAAAGAAGUGGAUAAAGGGUCAUUUGGGAUGUGAAAUAAGGUUUAGCCAUGGGUAGAGCCCAGCAUGCCUACGAGCCACCAGAUGGACACCUACGGUGCCCCUCUUGAGAGAGGGAAGACAGCAUCCGAGACAUGGAAGACGGAAGGAUCAGCAUCACCUUGGCCGAGGACUGAGCCUCCGUGUUUGAGGUUUUAGGAAGAAGGCAAAGGUAGCAAAAGAGAGGCAGGAGUUGGGAGAAUGACAAAUGGCAGCCAUGAUUGAUGCUGUUGGAAGGCCACUAACAAUAACAGAGACCUGGUCAAUGUGACAGCCUCAGGACAUUGGGACCUGAGGUUAGAGUUGGGGUCAGGGUAGGCAGAGCUCGGGGCUCAGGCUGGACAGUGGCCAGAGAGGAGGGAUCUGUCCCUCUGUUCAGACAGAGGGCCCA